AUGAAGCCUACAUUCCCCUUCGGGGCCAUUGGUGUCUCAGUUCUAUUGCUGAUAGGUGUAGGUGCUAUCGAACUGGAGGUCAAUUCGGCAGACUCGAUCAAAAAGGCGGCAAAGGCAAUUUCCACUAACCUUCGAAAUCAAUAUACUGGCGACAGACCAGGCGAUGUCCCAGGUAAUCUUCCAGAUCCUUACUACUGGUGGGAAUGCGGUGCCAUGUUCAACGCCCUCAUCGACUACUGGUAUUAUACUGGAGAUGACCAGUAUAACGAGAUCACAACACAGGCUCUAGAGCAUCAGAUUGGGGACAACAACGCGUUUAUGCCGCCAAAUCAGACCAAGUCACUAGGAAACGAUGAUCAAGGCUUCUGGGGCAUGGCUGCCAUGUCAGCUGCCGAGAACAGAUUACCCGAUCUCAAAGAUGGGCCUUCUUGGCUCUCUCUCGCUCAGGCCGUAUUCCAGACCCAAUACAGGCGAUGGGACAACACAACAUGCAGCGGGGGGCUUAAAUGGCAGAUCUUUCCUUUCAACCCUGGAUACACCUACAAGAACACUAUUUCUAAUGGAUGCUUCUUUAACCUUGCUGCACGUCUGUACAAGUACCUUGGCAACGAGACGUACUCCGAGUGGGCUGAGAAGACCUGGGAUUGGGAGCUGUCUGUGGGACUUAUAAGCCCAGAUUCGCAUUUCUUCGACGGAACCGAUGACCUUCAGAACUGUACCUCUAUUGCCCAUAUGCAGUGGACGUAUAAUGCCGGUGUGCACAUGUCCGGUGCUGCUGCCAUGUGGAAUGUGACUCAGAACGACCUAUGGCGAAAUAGGCUUCAGGGUGUCAUCAAAGGAAUCAACGUCUUCUUCAAGAAUGGCGUCAUGACUGAAGUCGCGUGUGAGAACAAUAGAAAGUGCGACGUUGACCAGCGCUCUUUCAAAGCCUAUCUUGCCCGUUGGCUAGGAUAUACAGCCAUCGUCGCCCCCUGGACGCGUGACCAAAUCGACCCUUUGCUCAAAGCCUCAGCCAAAGCUGCGGCAGCACAGUGUAAUGCUGGUGAAGAUCAGGUGUCGUGCGGUCUCCGAUGGAUCGAUAACGGCAAAAACGACGGGAGCCUUGGUGUUGGUGAGCAGAUGGCUGCAUUGGAGAUAGUGCAGGCAUUGCUCUAUCCUACUGUCGAUGGGCCAGCCACUGCUGAAAGAGGCGGAAUCUCGAAAAGCGACCCCGACGCUGGAAACAAGACACCUGCUGAUCAUGCUGCCAAUCUCAAUUCCGUCACUACUAGUGACAAGCUUGGUGCUAGUAUACUAACCAUCGUUAUUCUAGUUGGUACGAUUAUUGGCGGGUGGUGGAUAGUUUCAUAA